UUCACUUACCCGAAACCUCGCGGGAUAUUUUCACCGGUGGACGAGAUCAUUGUUCCGUUGGUUGUAAUUCGGCGAUGAGGAUUUCGACCUUGUGUCACCGGUUGACUGGCGAGGUCCCAACGUGCAUCCGGCGUUUGUCUGACGGACGGGAGCGGCUCCAUAUGCGGGUCUGAGGAGGGGAAGGUGGGCACACAGGGUUUGAAAUUGCUCCAAAUUCGGGCCGGGAAAACCAGAAGGAUCAGAAGAAUAAAACAAGUAGAGGUGAGUAACAGGAGGUGUAUGUUGCUGUAGUUUCUGUGCCACUACCAUGAGCUGGAGUUUCUUGACUCGUCUGCUGGAAGAAAUCCACAACCACUCCACGUUUGUGGGCAAGAUCUGGCUCACCGUCCUCGUUGUAUUCCGCAUUGUGCUGACAGCUGUAGGAGGAGAGUCCAUCUACUAUGAUGAGCAGAGCAAGUUCGUGUGCAACACGGGUCAGCCGGGCUGCGAGAACGUCUGCUACAACGCCUUCGCCCCGCUCUCACACGUCCGCUUCUGGGUCUUCCAAAUCAUCCUGGUAGCCACGCCUUCACUCAUGUACCUGGGCUACGCAGUCAACAAGAUUGCACUGGCAGAGGAGCGAGCUGACGGUGGGGAAGUGAGUGGAUUAUCACGGAGAAAACCCAAGAAGCAUUACCUCGGGGGCAGAAAGCAGCACAGGGGUAUUGAAGAGGCAGAGGACGACGAAGAGGAAGACCCGAUGAUCUAUGAAAUGGCAGAAAUGGUGAGCGAUGGUGAAGGAGCAGCAAAAGGAGACGGUGGUGAAGAACAAGUAAAGGUCAAGGCACGGCAUGAUGGACGCCAGCGUAUAAAAGAAGAUGGGCUUAUGCGUAUUUAUGUGCUUCAGCUCUUGGCCCGCUCUUUGCUGGAGGUGGCGUUCCUGUGCGGACAGUACAUCCUGUAUGGAUUUGCAGUACCUCCGAUCUACUUGUGCUCUGACCUGCCCUGCCCUCACAGUGUGGACUGCUUUGUGUCUCGCCCCACUGAGAAAACUAUCUUUCUCCUCAUCAUGUAUGUCGUCUCCCUGCUCUGUCUGGCUCUCAAUGUAUGGGAGAUGCUUCACUUGGGCAUCGGCACCAUCUGUGAGAUAGUACGCGCCCGCCAGCUGCAGCUCCCCAAUGAAGAGUUGUAUGGGAACCAUGGAGCUCUGAAAGAGGCCGGAUUGGGCGGAAGUGAUUACAACGGCUACCCUUAUUCUUGGAACGCGGCAUCGGCUCCACCAGGGUACAACAUUGCAAUCAAGCCUAUUGUGGUAUCUACAAAGAACCACGACAAAUCACUGCCCAUCACCGACCUUGCUAAUGCUAAGAUGGCAUGCCGACAGAACCACGUGAACAUUGCCCAGGAGGAGCGACAGCAGUACUCCAGAAAUGAUGACAUGAGAGAGGGGAUGGGAGAUGCCUCCAGAUGUGUUCAGAAGGAAAUCGGUCAGCCUCAGAAAACACUGGAGGCCGAGAGUCAGGCCUACCAGCACCUUCAGAGCCACAAUAAUAAUAACCACAGCAUUCCUCACCGUGAACGUAAACACCAGCAGGUCUACAAACACGCCUCCAGCAGGGCAGAGGCAGACAGAGGCAGCAGCAGCACCAGUAGUAACAGCAAAUACGGAGUAGUGAAGGGCUCCGAGUGGAUCUGAAGUACAGACUGUGACUUUUGUUUUUCUUAAAAACAGUAAUCAAAACCUUCAUCAGCAUAUAUUUACAUCUGUAUGUCUUGUAUUAAAUUGUAUUAAAAAAGGACAGGGGAGCCACCUUAUAAUAAUAUUCAAUGAUAUUCAUGCAAUUUAAAUAGUUAGUUAAACCAGGAACCGCCCUGUACCAGACACUAAAGCUCUGUCCAUCCUGGAGGAUGUUCAUGUCGACUUAAAUUCAGCAUGGAUAUAAAGUGCAGAGGCAUUUUUGCUGAAACCUAUGGUGCCUUAUGUAAACAGUCAAAGAGCUGCUUCCCACUGACUCUGCAUCACUUUAUGUUCAACUGUUCAUAAUGAUUUUUUACACAAUGUCUUCAUCACUAUGAACUGACAACAGGAGCCUGCAUUAUGUGGCUAGUUUUCAUGACCGUGUUAAAGCAGUAUGAAUAUUUUCACCAAACUUUCAUCAUUUUCAGUGCUAUGAAGAAAAAACUGUGUGUUGUCAUUCACUAAAUUGACUGUUCUUCUUGUGUUCUCUUUAAUACUCUUUAUUGGUCAGUGGAUUUUUGUCAACGUUUAGUGACCUUAAUUUGUUGUUCGUAGUAUUUGUGUCGGCCUGUUGCUUUUAGACACAUGUGCUGUUUGUGCCAUGAAGAUCUUUUCAACCAUUAUUCAAUUUGUAUUUGCGUCUGGCCUGUUUUUUGGUAUUUUUUUAUUUGUAUGAAAAAUUCCUUGUAAUUAAUACAAUCUCUUAUUUUCACAUUGAGAUGCCGUGAAGGCCAGCCCCUGACACUGUGCCAUUGUUUCAUUUUGUCAAAAGUAUUUUUAUGAACAAAAGAGUGCAUGUUUUGA